AGCUCCAAUUUGACUCCCUAGCCUGGGAACUGCCAUAGGCCACAGGUACUGCCCUAAAAAAAAAAAAUAAAAAAUCAUGUUUGGCUUUGCUGUUUGAUAUGAGCACUGAAAUCAGAUCUUGGGUGUCAGUUUUUGCUUUGUGAUUUGGUUUGUUAAUUGAAAUACCUAAGGGUUCUGUAUGUUCAGUCUGCAUACUUUAUAAUUAAUUUAGAACCAGUGAAGUUAGGGUUUUCUGUUGAAGUAAUUAAUGAAGUAUUGCAGUGCGUAUGUGUAUAUAUAUUACACGGAAAUAACCAAAAUAUGAUAAUAGGAUAUAGUUUAUCUUUAUAUCCCUUGAAGAUAGACGUUGUUAGAGAAUUUCUUGGUGUCCUGUUCCUUUCUAGUUUGAAUGUGUAGAAGUUCAUCAGAAAUUUCGUUGAUGUUGGUUUGGCUUUUUCUUUUUUUUAAAUCUAUAUGUCAACAGCUGUGCUUAAUAUAGCAAAGAAUCAUGGGGAGAGUUUACAAUAUUUCUUGUUGGGACUUAGUGUCUGUAUAUUUUAGCAUUUAAAGGAUGUGGUUUGGGGCUGCGAAAAUGAGAAGGAGGUUGCCUAACUCAUAGCUGAAUGCCUGCUUAUCUAGAUUGUUCUGUCCUAGAGGUCAUUAGUAGUAAGAAAGUUGUUUUUUAUUCUAGUUAAAGCGACAGUAUUACAUUGAAUAACUUUAUUGUUUAAGUGUGUGUUUGUGCAUAGCUGGUGAAUAGGAUUUUCUUUAAAUCUGAUAUUUCAUAGGAAUGUUUUAGGUAACUAUAGUGUUGGAAAAAAGCUACUGCUCAAGCCAAACUACUUUUUGCUUUGCUGAAAAGUAACCAAGAUUAAAGGUGACCAUGGCUCAGAGAGCCUCUUUGUCUCCACCUCAUGCACCUCCCAUCUCUGAGAGAGCAGGGUGCUAGAUCAGGAAAUGAUGGGUGGAGUUGCUUAAUUGCAUCAACUUCCUGGGCUGCCUAGGCAUUGAUUAGUCAGACACUCCUAAUGUUCCAUUUAAGAGAUUCUUGCUGAUUGGCUGGUUUCUUUUAAGUCCUUAGGUUUGACCUUUGGGCAUAUCAAAUGCUUGCCAUGCACAGGGCUGCAUGCUCUAUGAGAGAUAUAGAAAGGAGUAAGAUUACUCUAACCUUUCAGGAGCUCACUGAAUAGCAUGGGAGAUGAAGACAAGAUAGACCAUGGUUGAUGAAGAUGUGGGAGAUGAUAAUUCUGGCGUUUACUUUUUAUGGAGCUCCUUCUAUGUGUAAAGUGUUUUGUGCUUGAUCCUGUGGAGGAUUUAUGAAAUAUCAGACAGGGAUCUGCUCUGAAGGAAUUGAUGGGCCUCUGUUAUGCACCUAAAGCCAUAUUGGAAACUCCAGAAGAAAAUGCGACCUCUGGAAACCAGCAAGGAAACUCUGAGAACUCCUAUGAGCCACCAAGAGGCUAUAAAUGAUGAAAAAUGCAAAGCUAGCUGUAUGAAACCAAGUGUCUUUCCUUCAGCCUCUCUUGGUAAAACAUCAUCUCGAAAGCCUUUUGGAAUCCUUUCUCCAAAUGUUCUGUGCAGUAUGAGUGGGAAGAGUUCUGUAGAGAGCAGCUUGAAUGUUAAUGUCAAGAAGAACACGCCAUCUGCAACCAUCCACCAGGGUGAAGAGGGAGAAGGGCCGCUUGAUAUCUGGGCUGUUGUGAAACCAGGAAAUACCAAGGAGAAGAUUGCAUUCUUUGCAGCUCACCAGUGUAGCAAUAGAAUAGGAUCUAUGAAAAUAAAAAGCUCCUGGGAUAUCGAUGGGAGAGCUACUAAAAGAAGGAAAAAAUCAGGGGAUCUUAAAAAAGCCAAGAUACAGUUAGAAAGGAUGAAGGAAGUCAACAGCAGGUGCUACCAGCCUGAGCCUUUUGCAUGUGGCAUCGAGCACUGUUCUGUGCAUUGUGUGAGUGACAGUGGGGAUGGUGUCUAUACGGGGAGGCCUCUGUCAGUCAUACAGAUGGUUGCUUUCCUCGAGCAAAGAGCCAGUGCUCUGCUAGCCAGUUGUGCAAAAAACUGCAAUAACUCACCCGUUGUGGUGAGGCUUUCUGGGCAAUCCAGAGGUGUGCCCCCAGCCUCCGAGCCCUUCUCUGCCCCACGAGUGUGUGAAGAAGCCACCACGGAAAGGAGAAAUCCUGAGGUUGGGGAACCACAGUGCGAGCCAGUCCGUGUCCUCGACAUGGUAGCCAAGCUGGAGUCUGAGUGCCUGAAACGGCAGAGCCAGCGUGAGCCUGGGAGCCUAUCCAGGAAUAAUAGCUUCCAUCGCAAUGUGGGCCGCGUGUUGCUUGUGAAUGGCACUCAGGCUGAGGAAAGCAAAACAAACAAAGGUGCCUUGGAGGUACCUGACACUCAGGUGAAUCCUGCAGUGUCUGUAUCUGUGGUCUGUGACCCCUUAAGAGCUGACCGUUGUUCUCCUAAGGUGGACCAGGCCUGGGCUGGCACUCCAUUGCCAGUGGGUGUGAGUUUCCAUAUGGACAGUGCAGAAUUAGAGCCAGAUCAGCAGACUGCCAUGAAAAGCCGCAAUAAGUAUGAUGUGGAAAUGACAGAGGAACUUGUGGGGUCACCUUUUUCUCCUCGCACCUGUCCCCAAGCCAUUGAAUUGCCCACAGAUGCUGUUGAUUGUAUGAGUGAAGAGCUUGUGCCGCUUGCUAGCCAAAAUCCUGAUCAGAGGAGAAAAGAAUCUUUAUGCAUUAGUAUCACUGUGUCCGAGGUCAAGAAGGACCAGCCUUCUGGUCUACAGUCCCAUGAAGAUCCACUUCCAGGGAUGUUAUUCUUCUUGCCGUCUGGUCAGCACCAGUUGGGCUGUUCCCAGUUAAAUGAAAGCACAACAGAAGAGUCUUCCAAGGCCAGUCAACUUGAAGGUGAUGCUGAGGAUGAUAGUGCAUCUGAGGAAAAAACCAUCUCAGCUGAUGCCUUUGACCCGCUGGCCUCUCCUAUGGAAAGUACUUUACCAGUGCUGGAGGCAUCCACUUGGAAGAAGCAGGUGUCACAUGACUUUCUGGAGACAAGGUUUAAAAUCCAGCAGCUGCUGGAACCUCAGCAGUACAUGGCUUUUCUGCCCCACCACAUUAUGGUGAAAAUCUUCAGGUUACUGCCCACAAAGAGUUUGGUGGCUCUUAAAUGUACCUGCUGCUAUUUCAAGUUUAUCAUCGAAUAUUACAAUAUCCGGCCAGCAGAUUCUCGCUGGGUCCGGGAUCCACGCUAUAGAGAGGAUCCUUGCAAGCAGUGCAAGAAAAAGUAUGUGAAAGGCGAUGUGUCCCUGUGCCGGUGGCACCCCAAGCCUUAUUGCCAGGCAUUGCCCUAUGGGCCAGGAUACUGGAUGUGCUGCCACCGGUCUCAGAAGGGCUUCCCUGGCUGUAAGCUGGGGCUUCAUGACAAUCACUGGGUCCCUGCCUGCCACAGCUUUAAUCGCGCAAUCCAUAAGAAAGCGAAAGGGACUGAAACCGAAGAGGAAUACUAAUGUGGGAGGCAAAGGACUGGUUUUUACAACUGCAGAUACCACCCAGAUACACCAUUCCAGCGAGUGUUGCAUCUCAGAGUCAUCACUCCAGGAGAAUUUCUUCUUACUCCAUCACGACUGCCAUUGCUCAGGCAUCUUCAAACUCUUCAAUUUAGGAGCUGUACAAGAAACUUGGUCUCAUCAUUUUCUGCUGGUCCAUGGUGGUAUCCCCCAGUUUGAUUUACUUGGCUGUGAGUAACUGUGCCUGUUUUUUCAAAUGAAAUCCUUCCUCAAAGGAUGAAGACUUGCCACCGUCAAGAAUGUUGAGAAAAGUUCAUUGCAGACCAUGUAGGCGAUCCCCAAAAAGGGGUUCCAAGAAUGUUUUGAGCACUGGCACCAUAUCUGAAAUAAGUGAAGAGUAUCCUAUAAAAAGAAUAGUAGAACUCUUGGUUGAAAAGUAUACUUACAAAGGAAAAGUCAGGCACCUUACCUUAGACCUUGUAUGCUUGAUCUGUGAGAUUGAUGUUUGUGGUUGGAGAUGGAUUUCAUGCCCUGUGGUGUUUACAGUGUAUAUAAUGGUUGUGGUUUCAUAGGGCUGUGAAAGUGCACAUUAAACCUGAGCGCCUUUUCUUUAGAUGAGUGCUUUUGGCUCCUCUGUAAAUAACACUAUUAAAAUGCAGUUGUAAAUAGUGGACAGCUGACCGAACAACAUAAUCACCACAAUGCAGCUAGGAUAGUGUUGCAGCUACAGUUGUGUGGGUUUUUUUUUUUUAUUGUUUCGUCUCAAAUUUGUACAUCCUGUAUAAAAUAUGAAUGUUUCCCAAAUAAACUAUGAAUGUUUUCUGUAUAAUAUAUGAAUGUUUGUUUCUGUAUAAUAUAUGAAUGUUCAGUUAAGAGGGUAAUCUGUUGAAAGGAUACCAAAUAAUGGUUUAACUGGACAACCUUAAAAUUAGCAUAGAAAACAAUCCUUUGUUAUAUUUUAGUGAUCCACCAAGAACGAAAGAAUAUUAUAUAGUCAGAUUAUAACAUUCUUGUCUAUUUUAUUCUUUCUGUCUGGUUAAACUUCAAUAAAAACAUGCAUCUUAAAUGGGACCUGAGGUUUGCA